GCCGCCGGUGACCCGGGCAACAGCGGUGACCGAACGAGGGGAGGGGAAGGUGGUGGCGGCGGUUUGCUGCCACUCCGCGCCGGAGUUGGCGGUUAGAGGCGGGACCGGCAGCCGGGGACAGGAGUCAGAAUUGCUUGGAUUCAACACUGGGAGUCCCACCAUGGGCUUGUCUGCAUCUACCCCUGCGGCUUCUACAGUUCAGACCUCUACCCCUGCUGCUUCAGAUCAUCAGACAGCAGCCCCAACGUCUGGAUGCCCAAUGCAUGAAGGGAAAGUGAAAGGCUGUCCAGUGAGUGCUGAGCCAUCGGACUCAACCUGUGGGAGCAAAACGAACUCUGUGCCUGCGCACCAGGAGCGCGCCUACGAGUAUGUGCAGUGUCCCAUCACCGGCGCCAAGGCCGGGAGUAAGGAGAACCUGGAUCCUUCUAACCUGAUGCCACCUCCUAAUCAGACACCAGCCCCCGACCAGCCGUUUCCACUAUCUACUGUGAGAGAGGAAUCAUCUAUUCCGAGGGCAGAUUCAGAUAAAAAGUGGGUUUAUCCUUCUGAACAGAUGUUCUGGAAUGCGAUGUUAAGGAAAGGGUGGAAAUGGAAGGAUGAGGAUAUUAGUCAGAAAGACAUGUAUAAUAUCAUUAGGAUUCACAACCAGAAUAAUGAGCAAGCUUGGAAGGAGAUUUUGAAAUGGGAAGCCCUUCACGCUGCCGAGUGUCCUUGUGGUCCAUCCCUGAUCCGGUUUGGAGGCAAAGCAAAAGAGUAUUCGCCACGGGCAAGAAUUCGCUCCUGGAUGGGGUACGAGCUGCCUUUCGACAGACACGACUGGAUCAUCAACCGUUGCGGGACGGAAGUGAGAUAUGUCAUUGACUACUACGAUGGGGGUAAGGUCAACCAAGACUACCAGUUCACCAUCCUGGACGUGCGGCCCGCGUUGGAUUCACUGUCGGCCGUAUGGGACCGGAUGAAGGUGGCCUGGUGGCGCUGGACUUCCUAAGCACUGCUUUGUCAGAGAUGAGAAAAUAGAAAUGAUUUUUUUUUCUGAGAAGUACAUUAAACUAUUUUCCCCAAACUGAAUUGUGCUCCUGAUGUAACAGGGAUGUCCAGGGGAUCACCUACCUUCCAUGCCACUUAGCAAAGGGUACUCAGCGCGUGCUCUUCUGAGUUCCGUUUGUACCUUGCAGUUGACGGCACAUCAUUUGAAGUUUUCUUCCCAUGUAGAGAAGUGGGAGGCCCU